AUGUGGAACAUCAGUGAAGUUGCUCUCCAGCUCCCAACUUCCACAGCUUCACAUCGCCUCCUGCAGCCCCUGUGGGACUACUUGUUGUUCCGGCACUACACCCUGGUCUCUUCUCCUUUUUUCCCUGUCCUGCUUGCAUUUUCCAGCUACUUCAUCUUCAGUGUCCCUUUUGCAGUCCUGGAUCUCCUUGGAGAGAAAGCACCCCUCUUUAAGUACAAGAUCCAAAAGGAGCGGCGUCCCACCAUCGGCAUGAUGUUGAAGACUCUGGGGACGGCAGUGUACAAUCAUCUGGUGUUUGUGGUACCAGCUGUGUUGAUCACCAAUGUGGUGAUGCCUGCACCUCCAUUGCCUACAAUCGCUCCAACAGUUUGGGAGUUGUUCUCAGGUGGCUUGGGUGCACUGCUGGUCUUCGACACCCAGUAUUUCCUCUGGCACAUGGUGCACCACAAGAAUCCUCACCUGUACAAAUGGGUCCAUGCCCUCCAUCACGAUUAUAUCUCACCUUUUUCCUGGUCCACCCAGCACCUCAGUGCUGUGGAGAUGAUGACCGUGGGCUUCUGGAGCAACCUUGAUCCCAUCCUGCUUAAGUGCCAUCCACUGACCGUAUGGACCCUGACUGUUUUCAGCAUUUGGAUGUCUGUGGAGGACCAUAUCGGCUACGACCUGCCCUGGACACCCAGCCAUCUAGUUCCAUUUGGGCUUCUUGGGGGGGCUAUGGCCCAUGACAUGCAUCACCAGAAACCCAGCAGCAACUUUGCACCUUUCUUUAGUCACUGGGACAGACUUUUUGGCACUGCCAUCACUGUGAAACGGACUCAAAUGAGCAUUCUGAAUGAUAAAGAAAAGUAG